AUGCAUGACGCAGAACCCAGCCGCACUACAUCCAACACUGCAGAUAAAAAUGAUAGUAAAUCCGGGAAAAAACCAUUGGACGGCUACAAGUUUAUGUUGUAUACAACAGAAUCUUGUCCAAGAAAUCAGACAGAGUGGAGCGAGAGAUCAUCUGCCAUCAACUGUACCGAGGGUAAUGGCUACCUAUGUCUUCCAAACGAAGACCUCACAGAACUCUUAGAGUUCUGUUACUUUGACCAUCGAAUACUGAUUGCAAAAGGUUUAUGUAUGUUCUUAAGAAAACGAGAUUCAUAUAUCGAUGAUUAUAGCUGUCGUAACUUUGUCGAAGGUUGUCCAAAUUCUACCUACCGAAUAAACGAGGCCUACAAAUAUAGGAGUUGUGUGUCUAUUGGCAACGGAUGUUUUCUUGAUGAUCCAACCUGUGUCAGAACCACAGCAACGUACAAAGUGACAUUUAGUUCAAGAACGACAGCUGCAGUAGUAUCACAAGAAAAAACAAAACAUGAAAGAAAUGAUUGGGUCUGGAUAAUAACACUUCUUGGUGUGAUUGUUUUGGUAUUUAUACCAAUCGUCAUGUAUCGUAUUAAAAUUAGGGCUUCCAUUAAUGAACAUUACAUAGUAGUGGAUAGGUCACAAACAAACAGUUUUUAUGUUGAUGUAAAUGAAUGUGAUGAGAAAGGAUUCAAUCCCCUGUAUCAUGCCUGCUUCAAUGGCCACGAGAGCACGGUAAAAUUUUUAAUUGACAACGGUGCAGAUGUUAAUCUAUGUACAAAGGAAGGAACGAGUCCCUUCUUAGUCGCUUGUCAAAAUGGACAUGAUAGCAUUGUACGACUAUUGCUGAAUAACAGUGCAGAUGUUAAUCUAUGUACAAAGAACAGAACGAGUCCCUUCUUAAUCGCUUGUCAAAAUGGACAUGAUAGCAUUGUACGACUAUUGCUGAAUAACGGUGCAGAUGUUAAUCUAUGUACAAAGGAUGGAUAUACACCUUUUAGCGCCGCUUGUCGGAACGGACAUACCAGUAUUGCAAAACUUUUGCUUAACAAAGACAUUAAUGUAAAUGUUUGUGAUGAGGUAGGAUUAAAUCCCCUGUAUAAUGCCUGCUUCCAUGGCCACGAGAGCACGGUAAAAUUUUUAAUUGACAAAGGUGCAGAUGUUAAUCUAUGUACAAAGGAAGGAACGAGUCCCGUCUUUGUGGCUUGUCAAAAUGGACAUGAUAGCAUUGUACGACUAUUGCUGAAUAACGGUGCAGAUGUUAAUCUAUGUACAAAGAACAGAACGAGUCCCUUCUUAAUCGCUUGUCAAAAUGGACAUGAUAGCAUUGUACGACUAUUGCUGAAUAACGGUGCAGAUGUUAAUCUAUGUACAAAGGAUGGAUAUACACCUUUUAGCGCCGCUUGUCGGAACGGACAUACCAGUAUUGCAAAACUUUUGAUUAACAAAAGACAUUAA